AAUAUGUCCGCGGCGCGUUAAGUGUUAAGGCCACGUUUAAAAUGGCGACCAGCAAGCGACACAGGACGGAUUUGACGCUUGGUCAAAAGCUGGAAAUAGUCUCUGUUAUGGAAAGAGAGCGACCUUCCCAAGCUGAAUUGACUAAGCGUUUUAAAUCUAAGAUUGCCAAAUCGAAAGAUGCAAUAUUGAAGGAGGCAGAGAAAAACAAGUUUGCUACUCGUAAGCAGAAGAGAGCCAGUAAAGACGAUGAUGUAGAUGCCGCGCUCUAUACCUGGUUCGUUGACGCUAAAGCACGGGACGCUCCCGCAAUCCUGGAGGAAAAGGCAAACCACUUCGCCUCGGUACUCGAGAAAGAUUUUAAAGCUACGAAUGGGUGGCUUUGCCGGUGGAAGACCAGGCAUGGCAUUAAAAUUUAA